UCGAUCAUUUAAUCAAGUCCGCUAUGUCUUAUUCCUAUUCGCAUGAUAAUAAUACUACUUCAUCAGCCUUACGUAAACGUAAGACUUUAAAGAAAUCAAUCAAUUUUUCCGUGAUGAUUGUUGGGGAAUCUGGAUCAGGUAGAUCUACCCUUAUUAAUACUAUUUGUGGUGGUAAUUCAAUUGUUCCUUGUUCACUGACAGUUAAUGAAGAUCCAUUCACAAAGAAAUUAACUCUUCGUCAUGAAAAUGUUGAAUUGGAAGAUAAUGAAGGUCAUAAAAUCUCAUUAAAUAUUAUUGAUACACCAAAUUUUGCAAAUCUGAUUAAUUGUGAUGAUGAUUUUAAAGUUGUAGUUGACUUUUUAAGACAUCAAUAUGAUGAAUUAUUAUUGGAAGAAUCUAGAGUGAAACGUAACCCAAGAUUCAAAGAUGGUAGAAUUCAUUGUCUUAUUUAUAUGAUUAAUCCAACUGGUCAUGGAUUAUCAGAAAUUGAUGUUAAAUUCAUGCAACAUGUUAAUAAUUUAGUUAACUUAAUCCCAGUAAUUGCCAAGGCAGAUUCAUUAACUCCUUCAGAAUUAAAAUUAAAUAAAUCUUUAAUCUUGGAAGAUUUGAAAAAUUAUUCAAUUUCUUAUUAUAAAUUUAAUGAAUAUGAACAUGAACAAGAUUAUAUUGAUGAUGAAAUUGUUGAAUAUAAUAAAUAUUUAAAUUCAUUGGUACCAUUCCUGAUUAUUGGUGCAAAUGUUUAUCAAGAUGCUCAAGAUGAAGAAGAAGAUUUAAUUAAAUUAAGAAUUUUAAAUCCAAAAUAUAUGAAACCAAUUAAUGUUGAAAAUCCAGAUAUUAAUGAUUUUACAAUCUUGAAAAAUGUUUUAUUAAUUACUCAUUUGCAUGAAUUUAAAGAGUUAACUCAUGAUGUCAUGUAUGAAAACUACAGAACUGAAGCAUUAUCUGGUAAACAAUUCAAAUACAUAAGUAAUGGAGAUGAUGCUGAUAGAACUGGAAUUUCAGAUAAGACAUAUAAUUCACAACUUUAUCAACAAAAUGGAGUUACUAGUUUAACUGGCACUGAAGUCGAUCAUGAAUCUACAUAUCUUGUUAAGGAAGAACAAAUUAAAUUAGAAGAAGAAAGAUUAAAGAAAUUUGAAGAAAGAGUACAUCAAGAUUUGAUCAAUAAACGUAAGGAAUUAUUGGAACGUGAACAAGAAUUGAAGGAAAUUGAAAGAAGAUUACUUGCUGAAGGAUUGAAAUUAACUGAUGAUGGUGAUGUGGUAAAGAUUGAAACGUAGACACUUACACAGUAUACACAUUGAAAGAAGUACAUUAAAACUAUUGUUUAAUAAACGAAAAGAUGAAUUAUUGAUCAACUUGUAAAAUUUUAAUUUUAAUUUUUUUUUAUUUAUCUGUUUUAUAUAUUCCUAUUACUAUUUUA